GGCUAAUUUUGUGCGCUGGUUUUAUUUAGUCGACCGGGUGAAACGCCUCUUCGCACUUUCUCACUUGACGACAGGUUGCAUCAGAACAUCGCAAAACCCGAAUGCUGUUGAUUUUAUGUGGUACAGGAUGUUGUGUCGAAAAUAUUGGUGUCCAGACGCGACCUGAAAUGACGCCGCCACUCAACUGCGACUCUAUUUCCGAGUUAUGAAUUGGAUGGAUACCAUAACACUUUUAUCUUUUUGUUUAUUGAGUUUGGAGGGCGUCAGCUCACAAAAUGCGUCUACGUUCGAAGCAGCGUCGUGUUCUUGUUCAACCGAAAAACCAUACCGUAUAGAACAAACAAAUAGUGAUGCCCUCAGCGCAAUAAGCCGAAACACAAAGCACAAACGGCAGGUGACCGAAGAAAGUUACGACUAUGACGACAAAGAGAUGGGAAAUUUUUCCAGGAAUGAUUCGGACUCUUUCGAUCCGAUGACGAUCGAAGAUAUUAAAGAGUACAUUUUUCCGAAAAGCUGGACGUGGGUACUAAUACUGUUGCACAGCGUAGUUUUUGCCAUCGGGUUGUUGGGUAACGUAUUGGUGUGCGUCGCCGUCUACAGAAACCACAGUAUGAGGACGGUGACCAACUAUUUUAUAGUAAAUUUGGCGGUGGCUGACGCUUUGGUAAUAUUGUUCUGUUUGCCGUUUUCGGUAGUGUGGGAUGUGACUAGUACUUGGUGGUUCGGCACGGCUAUGUGCAAGUUCGUCUUGUAUGUCCAGAACGUUUCGGUCACUGUGUCAAUCCUAACGCUGGCAUUCAUUUCUGUGGAUCGCUGGUACGCAAUCUGCUUCCCAUUGAAAUUUAAAUCGACGACCGGAAGGGCCAAAACUGCGAUAUGUGUUAUUUGGAUCAUCGCCCUUGUCACCGAAAUCCCCGAGCCCAUAUAUCUGACUGCUAUACCCUACAGCAACUCGUAUAUUUACUUCACCCAGUGCACAGUGACAUGGUCUAAUGAAACAGACACGGCCUUCAUGAUAGUCAAAAUGAUCUUCUUCUACGUGUUGCCGCUAUCGCUUAUGUCUUUAGCGUACAUGCAGAUCAUCAGGGUGCUAUGGAGAUCGGGUAACGCACCUCACCAAGCUAUGAAUAGUCACACGGGAUCUGUCAGAUCCGGCCAGGGAGGGGGAAAUAUGUUUGCCAUGAACAUGAAUACCAGCACCGAAGGGCAACUGCGAUCACGAAGGAAGGCGGCAAAAAUGUUGGUGGCGGUGGUGGUGAUGUUCGCGUUUUGUUUUCUUCCCGUCCACUUACUUUCUGUCCUCAGGUUGACCAUAAAAUUGAGCAACAGCGAUAUGAAUCGAGCGUUCUCCCUGCUAUCACACUGGCUUUGUUACGCCAACAGUGCCAUAAAUCCAAUUAUCUAUAACUUUAUGAGCGGAAAAUUCCGGCAAGAGUUUAAAUCGGCUUUUUUUAAAUGCGGCCAAAUUGACCGCUCAGAACUGAACUUCACCAGGACUAGCACCUACAUCUAUCGGUACACUACCACGACGCACCGUCACAGCAAUCGAUCUAAAACCGAAACGAUACCGCUCAGUACUAUUAAGUAAAACAAGUAUAUAAAUAAAAUUUGUGUAACA